AUGGCCCAGAGGUCGUUCGACGGACUCAUCGCCUUCCUGACGUGCCUUUUCCCCUACCUCCCCGACGCGGAGGCCCUGGCGUACCUCGACGCCGCCGAGCUGGACCCCCUCGUCGCCGCCCUCCUCAUCAUCAGCAGGCGCGGGAUGCGGGACGACUUCGAUCUGUGCUCCCCGAUCACCGAGGCGGCAGCCGAGGUCGCCCUCAGGUGCGCGGCGGCUGCCGCCAAGCACCCUGACCCGCGGUGGCUCGUGCAGGCCUGGAAGAAGCUGCUCUCGCCUGCCGUGGAAGCUCUCGGCGGGCCCGCGCCACUGUCACGCGAGACGCUGGGCGACGCAGUCCUCGGCGCACUCAACGCGGUGGCACCGGAUGAUCUGGUUCUGAAGCUGAAAGGAUUGUGGGACCUCGGCAAGGGGCGUCUUGCGGCAGCAAGCUCCAAGAUUUAUGCAGCACCACCCAAAGAGCUGCCUCCUGUCCGAGCAGCCAUGAAGCGGAUGCUGCUUGCAACAAUCCACGGGUUCUACAUGCAGGCGCUGGGCAGGCUGCCCACGGCGGAGCUGUGCAGCCGGUACCACCGCAGCUUGCUCAUCGGCGGCUUAUGCUACGUUAUGUAUGGGACAUAA